GUUCUUGCUUGAAGUUGCAUUUUGGACGCAUGAGAAGGCAGGUUUCAAUCGUGCCAGUUUUAGUUUUUGUGCGCCGUCCAAUGGGCGCCCAUGGGUUGGCUGAACUCCAUGCAGGGAAGCAUCUUCAUCACGUCAUGUAGUGCUUUUCUUGAAGCUUGAUAGAGUCAAAUUGUGUGAACCCAUUCCGCAACAAUGUCUUUCCUCAGCUGGGCCGCCGACGUCUUGGAGAAGGUCGACCAGUCUGCCGCGGGCCUUAGCGACACGAGUAAGAGCGGCCGCCGCCGAAGAAGAAAAAAGCAACUUCCCGAUGGCGGGCCUUAUUCUGAUGUAGAUGGGACAAGUGAGCAAGAGACGGACGCCAGUGUUGACUUUGACGGACGCAGUCAGCUUUUGGGUGUUUCUGAAUCCCCUGUUCGGACAGCUUCCGGACAUGCCACUUGGGACCAGGGUGUGCCUGAGUCGGCUGUGGCUAAGCUUGCGAAGGCUCCCUCUCUGACAAUUGAACAGCUUCGGAGCGUCAGGAGGAACUUGAGUGACAGGCGGGAGUGGUCGCAGCCAAAUUUGAAGAAGGCGUAUGAGGAGAGCUUGCGGAAGCUCAGCCAAGUGGAGGCGCAGGUGUCUGUCAUGCUGGCGGAAAAUGAAAAGCUGCGGAGAGAGGCCGCAGUUGCAGCGCAGAUGAAUGCACAGGAGUUGGAGCACCUCCGCGCGGAGACGGCGGCUGCUCAGAGGACGAUCGACGAAGAGAAAAAUGCGCACACUUCAACUAGGAUUCAGGCUGAGAUGCGCGAGUCAUCCCUCCAAGCGGAGAAUCUGGCGUACGACAAGGCCCUCGAGGCCACUCAGCGGCACUCCCAAGACAAGGCCGCCGAAGCAGAGCGGCUGGUCGCCAGGCAGGCACAACUAGACUCGGAAGAAAGUUCUCUAGAGGAAGAGGUGCGAGAAGUGCUGGUUGAGCUGAGUACAGUGAGAGAGGCGAGGGAGAAGGAGGAAAGAACGGCAAGCAGGGGAGAGGCGAGGACUGCGGAUGAAAUGAGGGGAGAGGAGAGGGAUAAUGUUGAGAGAAGGGAGGAAGCAGAAGAGAGGGGAGAGAUUGAGAAGAGGAGGAAAGCAGGAGAGGAGCUGGAUCGGGAGAUUGCCCGGUUGGAGGAACGGCUCAUGCAGCAUGAGAGGAAUGCUGCCAAGUGGCCGUCCGCAGGACAACGGGAAAUGGAACUAGAGCGGCGCUUAAGGGCCCUCAACGAACAGCUGGUUGCAAAGCAGGCUCAAGCGGAGGCCUUUGCCAACGAGCGCCGUGCGCUCGACCUGCGGCUGCAAGCGGCCCUCUCGACGCGGCGGGAGCAGCAGUUCGGGCGCAACGACUACGGCGGAACCAAGCGCGGGAAGAGCGGACGGAGCUUUUCAGACCAUCCCAGCAAAGGACGGAGCGGCGCUCGCCAGCUGGCACGGUUCCGGGGUAGUGACGUCAGGGGCGGGAGCAGCUCGAACCCGAUCAUAUACGCGGCAGAAGCAGUGGAGGGGUUGGGGUCCACGGUCGGCCGAGCGGUGCAGCAGAACGCAUUUCUCCGGACGCUGACGGUUGGGUACGUUUUAGUGCUGCAGCUGGCAGUGGUUUUUAUGUUGUUCCAUGCAGGAGGCGGUGGCAUGUCUAGGUAGUGUGGGACGCUCCGAUGUUUCCAAGCGCAACGGAUCCGGUCGUCGAUCGUUGGACUCGGACUGCCUGUCCAAGCAAAUAGUCUCUUUGUCAAUGUAACGUCGUUACUGUUAUCCGUUAUAAGGGCAAGUUACAGAAGACCAUACUGCCUUCAAGCCACGUGGCCCAAAGACGCCCGAAUCGGCCGCUUUGAUUUUAUGUCAGCGAGCUCUGUGGCGGCUGUUUCCCGCCCUCUUCACGAAUCAGG